AUGGGAGACUUCAACGGACACAUCCCGGCCACCGACAGGUACUUAGACUACAACGGAGAGCUGUUGUUGCGGUGUGCGGAGCAGCUCUCCUUGGAGAUCGUCAACCUCCGUAAUGACUGUGGGGGGUGCUUCACCUGGUGCGCUCGUAGCAGCCGCUCUACCAUAGACUAUGCGCUGGUGACUGCAAAACUGGCCGCUCGCAUAGCACAGGUACAUAUCGAUGAAGACGGCCAGUUCAGCCUCGGAAGCGACCACAAUCGCAUACGGCUGUCGUUCUCCAAGGGCGGCUUUCGUACAGGCUGCAGGUCACCUCCACCGAGGCGUGGCAUGUACUUGCCGAGCAAGUCAGUCGAGAGGGUCGCCGAGGAUUUUGAAAAUUGUCCUCAACGGCGGAAAUCCCACACAUAUAGUGAGUUUGUGGGCGCUUUGGACGCUGUAAUGCGUACCCUGAUGGUCCAGGAACGCCGGCGGGGACACAGACCACAGAACCCAUGGUGGGACAGAGAAGUGGAAGUGGCGUGGAAAGAACGCCGCCAAGCAAAUCGGGAACAUCGGAGGACCGUGAAAGGUCCCGACACUGAGGUAUGUGCUGAGAAGUGGGCUGUGUAUCUGGACCAAAAGCACAAGGUGCAGGCCCUAGUUCAAUGCAAGAUAGCAGACUACAACCUUAGGCUGAUCCAGUCCAUCAGACAGGAAGGAAGAUCCGCAGCACACAAAUUUUGGACAUACGUCAGGUCCUUGGACAGGGCAGCCCCCCCGCCACCUCCACUCGUAGAUGCGGCAACGGGGCAGCCGGUCACCGAGCCGGGUGAAUACAUUACACAGCACUUCUCCUCCCGAAUUUUCGGGGCCUCAGGCCUGACUACGACCACCCCCCUUACUGAAGAGGAGGCAGCCAGUCCCAAUACUGAACAGUCUCCAGGCCAGGAAGAACCAUACUGGGCCUCCUCAAGGCUCACAGUUGAACGGGCUUUGAAGUGGGUUAGGGCCCGAACGGCCACUGGCCCCGACGGCAUGCCAGCGCGCGUACUAAAGUGCUUGGGAGAGGACUCGAGGGAACAGCUCGCAGAGAUCCUCACGGCCAUCAUCGAAGGCGAGCCCAUCCCCAAAGAAUGGCAUGAGGGCAGGGUGAUUCUUAUCCCCAAACGGGGCGGUGAUGCGAGAAACUACAGGCCAAUAACGGUCACCAGCGUUAUGUAUCGCGUAUUCGCGGGAGUGAUCAAAGCAUGGUUGAGUGGCUGGGCGGAGACCAAGGGACUACUGACCGAGCUCCAGAAUGGCUUCAGACCAGACAGACGGCUGGAUGACAAUCUGUUCGUCGUCACGCAAUGUGCAGAAAUAGCCCCAAAAGAGGGGAGGACGUUGUUGUGCUGCUUUCUGGAUGUUGAAAAAGCGUACGAUAACGUGCCCCAUGGUCCUCUAUUCGCAUGCUUAUCUGACCUUGGACUACCACAACUGCUGAUCUCCACUAUACGACGGAUGUACAGCGACAAUGUAGUGAGUGUGCAGUUGGGUGACAUAAUCACUGGCCCUAUUCGUGUAAAUAAGGGUCUGAGGCAGGGCUGCCCACUGUCGCCAUUGCUGUACAUCCUGUACGCAUCCAGACUAGAGCGGGCCUUGCUGAACUCAAACCUUGGAUUCAGCAUCCGUUUCAGCACAACUAGUGCCAGCGAGAAUCACCACCUGCCUGGUUUGGCUUUUGCGGACGAUCUCGUUCUUAUGGCAGAGAGUCACCAGGAGAUGCAAUCCCUCCUCGACAUCUGCCAGACAGAAAGCGUGAGUCUUGGACUCCGAUUCAACAUAAAGAAAUCAGCGGUUGUCCGACUAGCUGGAGGGAGCACCGAUGCAGCGGCGUUGACCUUGGGAGGAGAACCACUGGCCGCACGCAACGAGUACAGGUACCUUGGAGUCACCCUGUGUGUGGAUGCAGCGAAGUACAGUCUGCACGAGACCAAGAUUCGACAGGCUGCGCUGCAGGCUCAACGAAUCCUCCGUCGUCGAUGCCUCUGGGGUUGCAACCGCUUCCAAAUGAUCCGCGACCUAUGGAAAAUGGUUCACGUGCCGGGCCUGACGUUUGGAAACGCGGUUGUGUGCAUAUCGCCAACGACACAUGAGUGGUUGGAGCGUCAAAACGAGAGGUUGGUCGUGCGGCGCUCGGUGGCCAUGGUCGAGUUGCCAACGGGGCGGUACAGGGGGACGUCGGAUGGUCCAGCUUUGAAGCUCGGGAAGCCGCCAGCAAGAUUGUCUACCGGUGUCGUCUCAUGCUCAUGCGACGCAUUCGGUGGGCGCGCCGCGUGUUCGAGUAUCUUUAGGCAACAUGCAUGA